UAAACUUGGUGCGUCUGAAACCAUGGAAGCGUGCUCAGCCGGCUUAGCGGCAAUCUUUAGCAUUAAAAACGUGACCAUAGCGCCACCUUUCGUUCAUCUUUUUUAAGAGCGUAUGGUGUGCAGCGUAGCGAAUUAUGACCCAAACCCCGCCUCAGUACUACGUCAUCACUUGUUUUGGUCCGUGUUUUGGACGUUGACGUGUGACGUAACACUAUAACAGCAGCUCCCUCGACCCUGGUUCCUCUUCUCUGGUGAGGCCCGGGCGGAGCGGACGCUGUGCCCGAAGGAAGACAUGAGCGAUGAGGGUGGAGUCCAGAGGGGGUCCCUUCUGGAGCGGAAUGGGGUUCCGGCCGCAGGCGCCACCUCGGUGGACGUGGACACCGCCAUGUUGCUGCUGGGGGCCGGGGUGACGACCAUCACACACCCCCUGCUCUACGUGAAACUGCUCAUCCAGGUUGGACAUGAGCCUCUUGCACCCACACUAGGGACCACCAUGUUCGGGAGGAAAGUUCUGUACCUCCCUGGAUUCUUCUCCUAUGCACGACACAUUGUGAGAGUAGAUGGGAAGCGGGGUCUUUUCCGUGGCCUGCCUCCUCGGCUUGUAUGCAGCAGCAUCUCCACAGUAGUACGCAGCAAGGUUAAGCAGGUGGUCCCCAGAGAGGACUUUGAGCAUGUGUCCAAUCGUGACGAUCUGAAAACAUCACUUAGAAAAGUGGUAAAAGAGACCUCACAUGAGAUGGUGGUGCAGUGCUUGUCUCGGAUUGCCACUCAUCCAUUCCAUGUCAUAUCAGUUCGCUGCAUGGCUCAGUUUGUGGGGAGGGAGACAAAAUAUGGGGGUGUGUUCAGCUGUGUAGUUAAAAUCUUCCAGGAGGAGGGUGUCUCUGGCUUCUUUGUGGGGUUGGUUCCACACAUUAUGGGCGAGGUUAUCUUCUUGUGGUGCUGUAAUCUGCUGGCACACAUCAUCAACACCUACGCCGUGGAUGACAACUUCAGCCAAGCCCCAGCGGUACGGAGCUACACCAAGUUUGUGAUGGGGAUUGCAGUUAGUGUACUGACCUACCCCUUCAUGCUGGUAGCAGACCUGAUGGCAGUCAACAACUGCGGCCUGGCAGCCGGUUUGCCACCAAAUUCCCCUGUCUUCAAAUCCUGGAUCCACUGUUGGAGGCACCUCAGCAGAGAGGGGCAGCUGUUCCGAGGCUCCAGCUUCUUCUUCCGCAGAGUGCCUGCAGCAACAGCGGCCGUGACCUUGGAGUGACCUCUGGUGCUGUUGACCCCAACACCUGGUACCUGGUACAGCUGACUCAGUACAAGCCCUCCGCUCCCAGUGUUACUUCACAAAGUUGACAGUAAUGUGGCAGAUUCACUGGGCCAGUGAAAGUUCUUGCUGUGUUUGCCCUGCAGGUUGAUUUGAGUGGCCUUGGUGUUGAUUUCUAUGGCCACUGGCAUUCUCGAGGAGAACUGCAUGCUUAUUCUGUGGUGAUGUAGUCUCUCCUUCGUGGACUCCUGUUGCUCCUCCUGGGCGUUACUACCAGAGACAUCAGUUUGGUCCAACCCAGGGGCGCUGUUCUGUAGUUAAAUCAUUCCUCAUUAUGUUUCGUGUGGAACUGCCCUAAUGCUGUAGUGUUUGUCCAGAUGUGUUUUAUCUGUGAACAUAACAGGAUGGCAAGAGCCAGCCACCUGCCAGACAGAGCACUUAAAUUGUGGAAACUCCAAGAUGCUGUUUCCUGGCACCACAUAUUUCUUCACUAGGAGAUCCUGCCCAAACUUCCAAAUUUUUCAUUUGGAAAGCAUCUGCUAAUCUGCAUCGUCCAAGAUUUAAAUGAGACAGGAAUAAUAUGUAUGCAUGAAGUUCAGUUUUUUCUCUCUGGAAAGACACCAGACAGCCUAACAGGAAAAUAGUAAAAUUUUCUUAAUAUUUUUCAUGUGUGGUCAAAACUUAAAUUGCAAGGUUCUUGUUCUAUUAAAGUAACUUUAACUACUUUGAAGUUUAAAAAAAAAUCAUAUCACUAAGUGGAGAUGUGCUCUCUAAGCAUCAACUCUAUAUGCAGUGUUUGUUUUCUUUUAUUCCUUUUGGUGCAUGUUAAUAUAUGUGGUUGUACUUGCUGUAAUUUGUGGGACUGCGUGUUUGUCCUUUGAACUAUCAGUGUCGUUAGGUCUCCCACUGGCUGCACCUUGCUCUUUGACUGUCAUCCUCUCAAUCUAACAAAAAAUCUGACAGUGAGAUGGCAUUCCAUGCUCUUUUACUCUUUUGUGAAUGAAUCAUGUGAUUAUGGAAUUGUAUGUUUCUUCUUUUCAAA